AGCACUUCGGGAUAGCUGCAAACCUCGCUGCUCCGCCGCCUAUCUUCAGAAGGACCCUAUUCUACGACGCUUUCUCAUACCAAAAUGACCGUUGCCGAGUCGGUUAAGAGUGCCGUUGGACUGGCGGAUACUCCCGCCACCCGCCAGGAGAUGUCCGAUGCUCGUCUGCCUAUUCAGUACCGCGACUCUUGUGGGCACCUCCUCAUCCCAUUGAACCGAUGCCGGCAGCAGGAGUACUACCUUCCUUGGAAGUGCGAGGAUGAGAGACACAGCUACGAGAAGUGCCAGUAUGAAGAAUUCAAGAAGCGUGUUGCCAAGAUGGACGAGCUGCGAGCUGCUAAGAACGGUGCCCGCAGCAAUUGAUACCAAACAGAUCGGCUUAUGCAUUUGAUAUGGACGAAGCAGCAGGUUAUGUACAUAAAGUUCUGAGAUUGAUUGAUCAUGCACCGACUUUGGCGUUCGGAUUGAGAAUAAGCUUGCCGAUACCAUCCCUUUGUGUCUCGGACUCACAAGGCUAGUACCUUGUCUGUAAUACAUGAAACGAUCAUCUCUCGGUGUGAUACGGACCCAGUGCUUCCAUCCCCCGAAAGAUUUCUAUGCAUGGAAUAGCCUCGGGACUGCGCAAGCGGAGUAUUUGGGUUUGUCCGCUGGCCCAGCCUUACCGAAUUGGGGUUGUAUUACUGCCUAUAGGUAGUAAUCGCUGCUGGUUAUAUCAUUCCAAUUUUCAUCUUCUUCCCAGAGGAACUAUUAUCAAGUGGAUUGCUUGGUCCCUUGGUGUUUGUGGGUCGCGAAC